AUGGUGCUGACGCGCCUGGGUGAGAUUCAAGGCCUGAGCGGCUUGUUGGCCGCGAGAUACUGCGACCGCGUGUGGCUCACCGACAAGGAUCCACAAGUGCUCGACACGCUGCAGCGGAGCGUUCAACUGAACACAGACGUUCAAGACAAGGUGAAGGUGGAGAAGCUGGUGUGGGGAACCGAUACACGCGACGAACUCCCGCGAUUCGAUGUUGUCAUCGCGUCGGACACUCUGUACUACCUGACGGCGGUGGAGCAACUGUGGAAGUCGGUUGAUUCGCUGCUCUCUCGAGAACGAUGCGCCGACGGCUCGCCGCCACUGUUCAUCCUGGCCCACGUGAACCGAGAAAAAGUGAUCGACUCGGAGCUGCACAAAGUGGCUCAGGGCCUGGGGUUCGUGGCGCAGGUCGUGCCGAUCUUCACGCUUUGCGCGCGCUCCGAGCCCGUGCCAUCGAACGAGCACGUCAAAAAGGAGAUGCUGCGCCUUUUUGUGUUCACGCGCGCGCAACACGUCGGCCGUGGCGGCAGGACGUGA